ACACACACAGUGAGAGUAUUUCUGUAAUAUAUAAGUAUAUGCUUGUAUUUCCCAAGAUGGGGGUCCUUGACUUUGGCUCAGCCAAAUCCCACCAUGGCUUCUCUCCCACCACCACCAUUACUCUUUUCUUUAAAACCACUGACACCCAAUUUAGAGAGAGAGAGAGAGAGAGAGAAAGCUAGAGAGAGAAAGGGAAAGUGAGAGAUAGACCUCACUACGUCUGGAAUCUUUCUCAUUUACUCGUUUCAUCGCCUUGAUUUGCAUAGAUUCGUUAGAUAAUUAAGUGUUUGAAAAAAAAAUUCUCAAUUAGAUUUGCAGAUGUGGGGGACACUCACAAGUAGGGACAACACACACACACCACUACAGAAGCAAAAGGAAAACGAACAAAUCAUAACCGAAUUGGGGAAUUUUUUCUUCUUCUUUUUUUGAUUGAUUGAUAAAAGUGCGCACUAACACCACCACUGUGUGUGAAAAAGACAAUGAUAUCCCCGGGGAUAAACUUGGUGAUGACUGUGAUCGGAUUUGGUCUGAGUAUUACGUUCAUAGUGUUUGUUUGCACCCGCCUCAUUUGUGCUCGAAUCCAUUUGAAUGCUUCUCGCAGGUUUUUCGCACGUGCUGCUGCUGCUGGAUCUGAUCUCACCACUUUGGAGAGGGGUCUAGAGCCUAUUACGCCGGCCAACUUCCCUAUGAAGAAGUAUAAAGAAUUAUGCUUGCCCUCUAAAGAAAAUGCUUCUCACAGGUGCAGUGUGUGCCUAUCCGACUACCAAGAGGAAGACUCGUUGUACAUCCUCCCGAUCUGCGGCCAUUUCUUCCACGCAACUUGCAUCGGGAUAUGGCUGCAGCAGCAUCCCACUUGUCCGGUUUGCAGAGUUUCGAUCCAGCGCAACAAGUGGUUCAUGCACCCCAUGUUCAGCUCCGCCCUCCGAUCCCAGCACAGUAUGCAAGCUGUGAACGCUCAUUACUGCCGGUGCAUGGGGAACAACAACGAUGGCCGUUCAUCUAGAAGAUCGACGGUGGAUGGGGAGAUUGUCGAUGUUCGUUGUCACUCGGUUAAUCUUGGAGAUAGAAACUCUACUGUCACCGUUGAUUGUCAACGGGUUAGCAAGAACUGUGAGUCGGAUAGGAUAGUAAAGUAGAAUUGAAUUAGUCUUUUUUUUUUUCUCGGACGGGUAAAGAGCAAUGCUCGAAAGUUGGCAUGGGUUUCUUUUUGGGGCUUUCUGUAUAUAUAUGUCAUUGUUGAAAAUUGAAGAAACUAUUGCGACUUAAAAGUGUUCUUGUUUUCUCA